ACGGAAAUAGUCUUAUGGCAGACGACACAAUGGAUAGUGGGAAGCAAUAUCGUCUUUCACGUCUUCACAGAAUAAGUGAAUCUUCAAAGGUGUAUCGAUGGGCAGACCAGGCUAACUACAUUCUUCAAGGUUUAAAUGAGCAAAGACAGCAUGGCCGGCUGUGUGAUGUCGUUCUGGUGGCCGAUGACCAGCGGAUCCCUGCACAUCGGGCUUUGCUUGCAGUAUCCAGUCCCUACUUCCAGGCGAUGUUCACCUUGGGGAUGCGAGAGGAGCAUGAGGCAGAAGUAGAGCUUGUGGGAGCCUCGUAUGUUGGAGUUAAAGCAGUAGUAGACUUCCUGUACAGUGGCGAGUUACCUCUAGAUGGUGGAAACAUCGACUACGUCCUGGAAACCGCUCACUUGCUGCAGGUGUGGCAAGCUGUGGAUUUCUGUUGUCAGUACCUGGAAAAAGAGGUACGUGAGGACAGUUACUUGUACCUGCAGGAGCUUGCCUUCCUCUACAGCCUGGACCGGCUGGACGCCUUCAUAGACUGCUUCAUUCUGGAGCAUUUUGCCACGCUGUCCAACACAUCCGAGUUCCUCCAAGAUGUGCGGAUGCCCAAGCUUUGUGCUUACCUUGCAGAUGAGCAGGUGCAGCACGAGAACGAGCAAGCUCUUCUGCAGGUCGCCGUGCAGUGGUUGAGUCAAAGACCCGAACGUCUUGCGUUUGCCCAGGAGCUCCUCUCCAACAUUCGUUUUGCUCUCAUUCCACCGGAUGACCUCAUAGGGCGUGUAUUGCCGGCCAUACGUUCCCUGCUGCCUCCAGACACAGGAUGUGAGGCGCUAGUGGAGGAGGCUGUGGGCUACCACACGAGAGUCAGCGCCCAACCUGUACUGCAGACAACACGCACAUGCCUUCGAGGAGGUGUGGAGCGUCUGCUGUUGGUGGGAGGGGAGGUGUCUGAACGUGGAGAGGAGUUGAGUGCUGAGGUGUGCUGGCUGGAUGAAGAAGAAGGGAAGUGGGUCGUCGAGACUCUGCUGCCAGCUCAGAGGAGUCACCACUGUGUUGCUGUUUUGGGGGGAUUUAUCUUCACCGCAGGUGGGAGCUCCUCACGGGACAACGGGGGAGAUUCUGCAAGCAACUUGCUGUACCGAUAUGACCCCCGAAGCAACUUGUGGAUUAAGAUCCUUUUGAAAAGAGGUCAGCAGGAGAUACUGUGA